AUGGAGCAAAAUACUUUAAUAUUGGAUGUGUUGGAGGAUAUGUUUGAAUACUGGACCCAGAAAUUAAUUUUAGGAAUAUCUACCUCUAUAGAUAAACUAUGUUUACAGGAUGUUAUGGAAGAGGAACAAGUUUUACUGAACAAGAUUGAGACCAAUCUGAAAGUGGAUUCAAAAAUGAUAAGCUGUAAGAAUAAUUUGGAAAAAGAUACUAUACUGGAUUUGCAAAUGAAACCAGCUAAUGCUCACCUGCAGACGCCGCCUAUGGCCACCACGGCUGUUGCCGCCACGGCUGCCGCCAGCGUCGUAUCCACCACCCCUCAGUCUUUGAAACUGACUUACCCGGAGAUUUUGGACCGGAUCAAAGAAGAAUUCCAGUUUUUGCAGAACCAGUACCACAGCUUGAAGCUUGAGUGCGAGAAACUGGCCACGGAGAAGACAGAAAUUCAGCGACAUUAUGUCAUGUAUUAUGAAAUGUCCUACGGGUUGAACAUCGAAAUGCACAAGCAGCACCAGCAACAAGUAGUCCAGGCGGUGGAGCGGGCGAAGCAGGUGACGGUGGCAGAACUGAAUGUGGCAAUCGGG